GGAGGAAGGAAGCCAUUUUGGAGCUUCGAGUAAGAGAAACACACGGAGAGCAAACAAAAACAUAAUAGUUAUACUUAUAGUGAGUAAUAAACAAAGAGAAACGACGGAAACAAACGGACAACACGACGACGAGGAGUCCGACGUGUCCGAGCCCGGGAUUGACUUGAAGGAACGGACUUUAUUCUUAGUUUUGGGCUUUUUUUAAUAAAGGAAAUUGAUUUUGUGCACCAGAGCAAGUGAUUUCACUGUUGACAGACUUUAAGGACAAGCACUUGCUUGUGUUGCAAUAACAAAGACUCAUAUAUUGAGCAAGACUUUAUCUCUUCAUUUCGAAGAGUCAAAUAAACUUAUUACAGUCUCUGUACUGACUUUAAACCUUGUGAAGCUGAAAAGACACACCUUCAAAGGGACAAUUUAAUUAAAUACAAAACAAAAUGAGCACCGCCAGAACCGAGAACCCUGUUUUAAUGGGUAUGUCCAGCCAGAAUGGGCAGCUAAGAGGCCCAUUGAAACCCAGUGCAGGGCCUGGAGGUGGGGGGACACAGACACAACAAAUAAACCAGCUGAAAAAUGCCAGCACAAUCAACAGUGGCAGUCAGCAGCAAGCACAGAGCAUGAGCAGCGUUAUAAAACCUGGUGAUGACUGGAAGAAGACAUUAAAACUCCCUCCAAAAGACCUUAGAAUCAAGACUUCGGAUGUCACCUCCACAAAAGGAAAUGAAUUUGAAGAUUACUGUUUAAAAAGAGAGCUGCUCAUGGGGAUAUUUGAAAUGGGAUGGGAGAAACCAUCUCCAAUACAGGAGGAGAGCAUUCCCAUUGCAUUGUCCGGUAGGGAUAUCUUGGCUAGAGCAAAAAAUGGAACUGGCAAGAGUGGAGCCUACCUCAUUCCCUUACUUGAACGGCUAGACCUAAAGAAGGACUGUAUACAAGCAAUGGUGAUUGUUCCUACUCGAGAACUGGCACUACAGGUCAGUCAGAUUUGCAUCCAGGUCAGCAAGCACAUGGGCGGGGUCAAAGUCAUGGCGACAACAGGGGGCACAAAUCUGAGAGAUGAUAUAAUGAGGCUUGAUGAUACAGUACAUGUAGUAAUAGCAACUCCUGGCAGGAUUCUGGAUCUCAUUAAAAAAGGUGUGGCUAAAGUAGACCAUAUCCAGAUGAUCGUGUUGGAUGAGGCAGACAAACUACUGUCUCAGGAUUUUGUGCAAAUAAUGGAGGAUAUAAUUAUCACGCUACCUAAAAACAGACAGAUUCUACUUUACUCAGCCACAUUUCCCCUCAGUGUUCAGAAGUUUAUGACUUCCCAUUUGCAAAAACCCUAUGAGAUUAACCUGAUGGAGGAAUUAACGCUGAAGGGAGUAACGCAAUAUUAUGCCUAUGUGACUGAACGGCAGAAAGUUCACUGCCUCAACACACUGUUCUCUAGGCUCCAAAUCAACCAGUCAAUAAUUUUCUGCAACUCCUCCCAACGGGUUGAACUCCUGGCUAAGAAAAUAUCUCAGUUGGGCUAUUCGUGUUUCUAUAUCCAUGCAAAGAUGAGACAAGAGCACAGGAAUCGUGUUUUCCAUGAUUUCAGAAAUGGUUUGUGCCGAAAUCUUGUUUGCACUGAUCUGUUUACCCGUGGUAUUGAUAUCCAAGCUGUGAAUGUGGUGAUAAACUUUGACUUUCCAAAGCUGGCGGAGACAUACUUGCAUCGCAUAGGAAGAUCAGGUCGCUUUGGCCACCUUGGGCUUGCCAUAAACUUGAUCACUUAUGAUGACCGAUUCAACCUUAAAAGUAUUGAAGAACAGCUGGGAACUGAAAUCAAACCCAUACCCAGCAGCAUAGACAAGAGCUUAUAUGUGGCAGAAUAUCACAGUGAAUCUGGAGAAGACAAACCUUAACCUGAACGCUUUGUCACUGAGACCCGUUGAAGACAAGAAGAUCUUGUCCUUACAUGCAUCACUUAAGAGGGUUUCAUCCCCACAUGCCUUUUACUUUAUAUUUAGAGCUUCCCACCCCUUCUGGAACACUGACCAGCAUAUAUCAAACCUGCAUUGUCAUCAUCUUCUCCCUCCCCCUUGUCUCAGGACAGUACCCUACAAACCCCAAAUGUUUGCACUGCGUUUUCACCUUUUAGUUGCACUUAAUGCCCCCCCCUUUUUUUUUUUUUGACAUGUUUCUCAUGGGGAUGGGAAGCUAACCCUGUUGUCCAUUUUGUUUGGAGGGGCCUAAAAAUUAGGUACAGCCUUCUGCUUCUAAACAUUUUGCUUCCAGAUGACCCAGUAUUACUGCUUAAGACAUUUCAGGAUCCUCUGGCAGCAACAGUUCUAAUACAUACAUAUAUAUAUAAUUUUUUUUUUUAUCCCCCCUGUCUGCAUCCUUAUGUGGCGUGAUGGAGUCUCACUGAAUUUUUAUUUUUCGUAAGCAAACUUAUCUUUUUACUUGUGCAAAGUGCCUUACGCUACGAGACCAUUCAAGAUCAUCUUCGCAAUGCAGCCCUUGGGAUUCAAAAACAUUCUUAUCUUUCCUACUCCCAGCCCCACUAAAUUGAAACCUGCAAAAUUUACAGCUGGUGUUGUAUUGUAAAACUCUUCCAUAUGUAUAAAUCUGGUGUUUUUCCCCCACCCCUCCAAUAUUUCCAAAAAAAAAAGCAAGAACAUUUUGUAACUCCAGGUCCCCAGAUAUGUAAAUAUGAUGAACUUUAUUAAAAAAAAAAA